AUGCGGACGAUAUCAGGCGGGCCAAAUGUUGUCAAGUUCAUAGCCGCGUAUCGCGAAUUAGAUCGAGUGUUUGUAGUAAUGAAUUAUUUCCCUCAUGAUGAUAUUUUCAGCCUUAUUCACAAAAUUCCACUCGAAGAAGCCCUUGAAUAUAUGCGCAAUCUUUUCAUAGCCCUGCAUCAUAUUCAUCGUUAUCGAGUGAUUCAUCGAGACAUCAAACCAGCCAACUUUCUGUACAAUCGAGCAGAACGAAGGUCG